AUGGCUCAAAGUCGACAAAAGUCUUAUUCUAAUAUUAGAAAAAGAGAACUAGAAUUCAACGUUGAUGAUUGGGUCUACUUGAAAAUUUCACCCAUGAAGAGUGUCAGGAGGUUUAAGAAGAAAGGAAAGCUUAGUGGCCAUAUCAGUUUUUUGAUACAUAUUGGUAAGGUUUCUUACAAACUUGAAUUGCCUAAUGAUUCAGCAUCUGUACAUCCAGUAUUCCAUGUUUCUUUAUUGAAGAAGUAUGUUAGAGAUCCAACAUCUACUAUUCCUUUGGAUUGUUUGAGAGUCAAAGAGAAUAUUUCUUAUGAAGAAGUUCUGGUAGAGAUUUUAGAUCGGAAAGUUCGAAAGUUGAGGAAUAAGGAAAUAGCUUCCGUAAAGUUUCUUUGA